CAUCGAUCACUACAUUUGCGACUGAAAAACCUCAAAAAUCAUCUGCAUUAAAUAUUUUGAAUAUUUCCGAUGAAUGUGGUACUUAUGCCAAUUUAUUUCAAAAGAAUCAUUCCCAAGGACAGUCAUUCAUUAAAGCAGCCGCCAUUCAUACUGAACUUUGUGAACGUCUCUAUCAAGAACAAAGGGUACAACUAAUAGCUUUAGAUGUUGCCCUUUCGAACCUUGAUUCCCAUUGCCGCUCAGUUGUCGAAGUCCACGAGGUAUUUAACGCGAUUUCCGAAAAAGAAAUUAGCAAGCAGAAUAUGUUGAUUAAAAGUCUACCAAUAGAUAUAGAAAUUAUUCGUAAUAUUUCCGUUCAUUCAGAAAUUUUAAAAUCCGCUGGCAUUACUGUGAAUAGCCAAAAAUCAUAUUCUUUGGCUGACUUUGUAUCUCUAGAUGAGUUUACAGCUCUAGCUGAAAAAGGACGAGAUGCAUAUGGUCAACUUUCUCGAAGUGUGCAAGAAUUGGAAGAUACAGUUCAAUAUGUAAAAUUGGGUACGGAAACGGUGAAAAAAAAGAAAUAUAACAACAAUUUUUCUAAAAUGGAGAGCACUUUGAUCCAAAUUCGAGAAAGGUUCGCCAAACUAAGAAAACAUGCUGAGACAAUAGAGCGAGAUCUCUCACGCGUUCAAAGCAAAAUUUCCGAAAUUCUAAAAUCGAAUGCUAGAUCCUUAUCAUCACAAUCAAGUAUUUUCGAUGCUCUUGCUGAAUAUCAAGCCAAGGAAUAUUUACCUGAUAUGCAAAGAAUAGAUGAAUGGUUACGUGAACAAGUGGCAUUUUUUGUAAAAUGCAAGAAUAUUAUGACAUCAACGAUGAUUUCUAGUCUUCAACAAAUAUCUCACUUGGAGUCAACCAUUGCUGGUGUUCCAGGCACUUUGAGUGCACUCGAAUCCGAGAUUAAAUUAAAAGCUCAAGAAUUUAAACAGUUAUCUAAUAUACGUCAAAUGCCUCUUGCCUAUGUAUAUAUGCUAUCAUAUUAA